AUGACAACGCAGUCGCCCUCGCCACUGGGUCACGCGACACAAACACCACCUCGGAAACCCUCCACCAGAACAGUCGCUCAGCGGAAAGUCUACGGCAAGAAGAGAAACAAUGCGCCCAGAGCAGUGUUCGACCAAAAGAGCCCGGCAAGGGCAAUCGAGCGCCCCCAACAAUUAGACAAGGCGGUAGAAGCCAUUCAGGCCAAGUUGGCCAAGGUGUCCAUCACUGAGAAGCCAAUUUCGGUCCAGGAGACCAGCACUCUGCGUCUAACAGAGAACCCGGAGGAACAGACAGCCAGUCCAGAGACUCGAGAUUAUGAUGAGCCGACAAGUUCACCCCCUCCAGAACAUGCGCACAUCCCGAUCAAACGACCUUCCCUCGAGGCCCCCGAUAAAAAGAACUAUGAAACGAUGGUGGAGGUCAGAAUUGCUCCCAAAGCAGCCCAGCCGGAAAUCACAAUAGUCAAAGACAAGACCGAAACUAUACUCCCCAAGGAAAGAGCAGCACGAAAGAAGACACCCACAGCGCGAAGAUCAUCUGGAUUUGUUCACGACACCAAGGCCAACGCCUACGUUCGCCCAAUUCUCAACGAAGCUCUAUCACCACUAUCAUCGCAAAGCAUUCAAAUAUUCAGCACCUGGGCCUCACGAUCCGUCACUAUGUUUCAUGUCGCGAAGCUAGCCGAAGGCUCAUACGGAGAGGUCUACAAGCUACAUUUACGCGAGGAAGGCAGUCGACCAGCAGUGUCAAAGUCUAAACUGGCAAAACUCAGAGCGUAUGGGGACGGUGUGUUCAAAGUGGUACCACUUCGAGCACAAAGCGGCCCAGGAUCGAAGAAAUUCACGAGCAUCGACGAAAUCGUCUCCGAAGUCAAAAUGCUCAAGUAUCUAGAUCCAAUUCCUGGGUUUGCCCGCUUUCGAGAGAUUCACGUGGUACAAGGUCGCUUCCCCGAAACCUUCCAGAGUGCUUGGGAUCACUACAAAAAGACCAAGAAUGACUGCAUGAAUCCGAACCCGGCGAACAAAAAGGCGUACCCAGAUACCCAGUUAUGGGCAAUAAUAGAGAUGGAUGAUGCGGGGUGCGAACUAGAGAAAUUUUCCUGGUCAUCGACCUUCCAGAUCUAUGACAUUUUCUGGGGUGUGGCUAUGGCUUUGGCUCGUGCCGAGGAGUAUGCUCUCUUUGAGCACCGAGAUCUUCAUUUGGGAAAUGUAUGCAUUCGGUCUACUCGACCAGAUGGUUCAAUGGAACCACCCACAGAUAUGGAGAUCGCUCGCCAGCAAUCCCCUAGUGGAUUUGGAAUUAGUGCAUUGGAGACUACUAUCAUUGAUUACUCCCUCUCGCGCGCCGACUUGCGCUUAGCCGAUCUGCCAGACGACCCAGAGGGCAUUGUUGAGAAUGCCUCGUCAGAUUUGGAUAAAAAGCAGAUUUUUGAUGCCAUUGGCCAGGAUGAGGACGAGAUUUUGCUGAGAGACACUUAUAGAUAUAUGCGCGCAACAGUCUACACAGGAAACCCUUCCGAAACAGAGAAGACUCCCAACAUCCCGGGUAUCUGGGCAGAGUAUGCACCACGAACCAAUUUGGUUUGGCUACUAUUCAUUUUGAAGAAUCUGUUGAAGAACAGAAAGCCCGAAGCUCCUCAGGCACCAGUAGUGCAGCCGCAAAGAAAUGCUCUGGCCCCCUGUUCUCCCAAUAGGGCAAUGGAAAGACAAUCAAUUACAGGCAAAACGACCAAACAAAAGGAUCAAAGCGUGACUGGUACUGUCAUAAAAGAGCGGCAGACCAAAGAUCUACAAGCCCGCGUCGCACAGCUCAAGCAGACGCUCGAGGGUAGACUCAACUCAGUGCUCAGUCUUUUGGACCUGCAACAUGGUCAUGAGGAUAUGUGUUGUGCGGCUGAUCUUGUUGCUUAUGCCAUGGAUUCACAAUGGCUGGCUGAGCAGGACUUUUUCUAA